AUGGCGCUGUACCACCAACCAUGGCCGCCGUGUGCCAUACCUGCAGCACCCCUUGAUCUUACAUGUCCUGUGGAGGAGGAAAAGACACGCAAUUACAGCCCAGAGCGUUUCUAUCCUAUCAGGUUGGGUCAGCUUCUAAAUGGAAGAUAUCAGAUGGCAACCAAGCUGGGGUACGGCGCUAAUUCGACUGUCUGGCUUGCUCGAGAUCUAAACCGAUGGAAGUGGUCUGCAGAGAAGUACGUUGCUAUCAAAGUCAAGGCAACCAAGAGCUCAAAAACACGGGCCUCUGCAGAAGAUGAAAUCAACAUCCUCCAGCAUAUCAACCGAACAAAUCCUAAGCACAAUGGGUGGCACUUCAUUCGAAAACUUACCGACACUUUUCACCUCGAAAGCCCAUAUGGUAGCCACCCUUGUCUAGUAUUGGAGCCUCUGCGUGAGCCGCUUUGGCUAUAUUGUUCCAGAUACAUCGGUGGCGUUAUCCCUCCAGGCAUCUUGAAGAUUCUGCUUCAGAUGAUUCUUCUGGCGCUUGAUUACCUCCAUACCGGAUGCUACGUUAUCCACGCUGAUCUCAAACCCGACAACAUCAUGAUACGGAUUGAGGACCCCAAGAUGUUUGAAAAGGAUGCAAUCGAAGAAUACAACAAUCCCCUACCCGAGAAACAAUUAGACGACCGCAUCAUUUACUUGUCUCGAAACAACUUCGGGCCGCUUAGUCGACCAACGGGUAUCAUACAGCUCGUCGACUUUGACCUUGCUGUUCGCUCAACACCAGGAAAGUUGCACUAUGGUGCGAUUCAAGGAGAGAAAUACCGAGCACCAGAAGUGAUCCUCAACUCUGGGUACAGCUACUCUGCGGAUAUUUGGAGCCUUGGAGUAAUGCUUUCGGACCUGCUUGAAAAGAAAAGCCUCUUUCACCCUGUGUCUUUCGGGGACGGGACGGGAUACGUCGACUUAACCCAUUUGGGGCAGAUCACCGCCCUGCUAGGCCCCGCCCCUCAAAAUCUUUUGACGAAAGGGAGAAGGUCAGCCUCAUUUUAUCACGAGAGCGGAGAGUUGAAAGACCCGGGCCGUGUACCCAGCAAUUUCAGCCUUGAGAGCACGCUUACAUGUAUGGCUGGCGAGGAAAAGAGGCGAUUCAUCCACUUCGUCAAGAGAAUGAUAACCUGGCACCCCGAAGAUCGAAGCACAGCCAAAGAGCUUCUAGCCGACCCAUGGCUCUACAUAGACUUUCCUCAAGAUUAA